AUGAUACUACCAACAUUCCUCCUGGCACUUCAACAAAUGAACUAUUUAAAACACCUCGCAACUAUCAAUCAGCCAAUUGAACAUUUGCUUAAAACGGUGACAUUUUUGGACGUACAGUUUGUAGUUCAAAGUCCUUUUGGAAUAAACUCGGAGGUAAUCGAUGAUACGUACAAAACCGUGUCUCGUAUUCUACCAACAAGUUGCAUUUCCUUGAACGAUUCUGUUCCCGCAAUAUUACCAUCCUUUCGUACAUCCCACGGAACGCUGAUUUUCUACGCUUACGUAUCGAAAAAUCUUCCAAACGUUAAACAAAUGGACGACAUGAUACGUGUAAUUGUGCACGACAAUAAUCGUCCAAAAGUUCUACUGUUGACCAUAUUGGAAGAGGAAAAUUGCAGUUUCGAGGUGUUUUUGAAAAAAAUGUGGCAGAGACAGGUUAUCGACGUGAUGAUUUUAGAAGUAUCGAAAUCUGACAGUCACGAAAUCGCCAUAAAGGUUCACCAGUAUAAUCCAUUUACGAACGUUUACGACCGACAACCGUACAAAUCGAGCAUGCAGUGGUUUCCAAAUAAAAUGACAAAUCUCUACGGUUAUCCGUUGAAAGUUUACAUAGUGGAACGUCUGGGUCAUAUUUGGAUGACAAAAAAUUCCGAAGGAUAUCCUGUGAUAUAUAAUGGGUCGGAUGCAAAAGCUUUAAAAGUACUUGCUCGUGCCAUGAAUUUUUCCAUUGCACUGGUUCCCAACAGGGACGGUAAUGAAAUCUGGGCCUUAACACUGAAUUCAUCGAUCGACAUAGUAAUUCCGAUGAUGCCUUAUUUUCCCGAACAUAUAAAUUCGACACCUGCGGAAACUAUACCUCUAAGCUCUGAAAGCUGGUGUGCAGUAACACCAAUUACAUACAAAUACGAAAUAGUCAAUCUACAACCUGUUACCGGAAUAGUUAUAAAUUUGAUCGUAGUUCUCAUAUUCUGGGUGGUAUCGAUUCUAAUGAAAUUCAGCUCCAACACCUGGAAGCCUAUCAAAAUUUUCGCUUUAAUAAUAUCGACGUCCAUACCGAUAAGACCGAAGAGAACAAGUGAAAAAAUUAUAUUCUUGAACAUUGUGCUAGUCUCAGCUUUAUACUCGACGAACUUGUACGCAGAUCUGACUACGCACAGUCUAGAAGAAAGAACUGCUGUAAAAUACGAAAAUUUCAAGCAGUUGGACGCAUCAGGAUUCACUCCUGUGGUUCUCGAUGUACUUAUGAACCUAACUUUCACUAGCGGCGAUGAAACUUUUCGUGCGUUAAAAAGGAAGGCGAUAGGCAUAAAUAAUACGGUGGAGUGUGUUCGUUAUUUGGAAAAACAUAGGAACGUCACGUGCUUUAUGGAGCUGAAAGAGGCAAAUACUAUUAUGUAUAAUAACAGGCGCAAAGGUAAAGAGGUAAUACAAGUUAACAAAAAUCUGUGUUACGCUAAACCACCAACUGGAUACUAUCUCGGCAAGUAUGCACCGUACAAAAAUCGAAUUGAAGAAAUUCUAGUACGUUUAGAACAAUCGGGUAUUCGCGAGACAUGGUAUCGAAAUAAAUUCGAAGAGACUACAACGCGACGAAGAUUCAUCAGGGAAGCUGUUACUGUAAACCAAUAUUCAUUCAUGUGGAAUUUGGUUGAUAUUGCAGGAUGCGGUUGGUUGAUAUCGUUGGUAGCAUUUUUUGGUGAACAAAUGGCGUCUCAUUUAAGCAGCUACGAGAAAAGAACAAUUGCCGAAUGA